UCCAUCGUCUGAAAAACCCCAACGCGAGCAAUUCUAAACAGAGUGAGAGGGAGAGGGUUGGAGAAAGGAGGAACAGAUAGGGGAAAAUGUCGGGUUUCUUGUUCCCUUCCUCAUCCUCUACUCAAUCUUCAUCAUCAUCAUCGUCAUCUCCGUUCUCAUUAGGAUCCUCCCCAUCUCCAUUCGGGUUAUCCACUUCUGCAUCCGCAACCGCUUUUGGUUCUUCGCUUUUCAACUCAAACCCUAGCUCCUUCUCCCCCUCCUCCACCGCCAUUACCACCACCCCUGCAUUCUCGUCAAAUCCUGCCUCCGGCUUGAGCCCAUUCGCCGGGUUCGGACAACCCAGCUCGUCCUCUUCUUCCGCCUUCUCGGCUCCCGCAUUCUCUUUCGCGGUUGGUUCGGGUUCCGCCGCAUCCCCCUUUUCCUCACCUUCUUCUUCCGCAACCUCCGGUUUGUUCGGAGCAGGUUCUUCCGCAUCAACUUCACCUUUGCCUUUGGGCGCACCUUCUUCCGCAGCACCUUCUGCUUCGCCGCUGUUUGGCUCGGCUUCUUCCGCUGCAGGUUCGGGUUCAUCCUUGUUUGGGACAUCGAUUUCUAGUACGAGUUCGCCUUCAUUUGGGUUCGCCACAGCUUCAUCUACGGCCAGUUCUGCUCUGUCCACUUUUGGAGCAUCUUCAUCCGCAGCAAGUUCAACAGGUUCAUCUUUAUUCGGGGCAACUUCAUUCGCAGCGAGUACAACAGGUUCAUCUUUAUUCGGGCCAUCUUCACCCACAGCUGGUACAACAGGUUCGUCUUUAUUCGUGGCAUCUUCAUCGGCUUCUACUACUCCUUUGUUUGGCUCCACAGCAAGUUCAGGUCCAUCCCUCUUUGGGGCAUCUGCAUCAGCAGUAAGUUCAGCUUCAUCCCCGUUUGGAGCCAGCGGUGGUUCCUCUCUAUUUUUAUCUUCACCAGCGCCAACUGCAGCUCCUACUACUAGCUCUUUUGGCUCUUCAUCAUCGUCUUCAGCUUCUACUACUACUGCAGCCACAGCUCCAUCCUUUUCAAGCUUGCUAUCAUCAAGCUCUGCUUCAAAUUCAACCACCGCUUCACCAUUCUUGACUUCUACUGGGUUCUCUUUCUCGAAUAGUUCGGUAUUUUCUAAGAGCAUUGCAAGUACAACAUCAACACCAACCUCUACGACAGCUCCUUCGUUAACAGCUGCUGCUUCUUCAUCAAGCUUGUCAGGCUUCUCUUUUGCUCCACCUUCUUCUUCAGCCUCUCAACCUACCUUUGGAUAUGGCAAUGCAGCUGCCAUGUCUAAACCCACUUCUUUGUCUUUUGGAACGUCAUCGGCACCAUUGUUUUCUACAGUUACCACCACUACUAGUGCUCAUUCUCCAGCAGCUAGUAUUGCUGCUGCUUCUGCUUCUUCUUCUUCUUCUGCUGCUGCUUCAACACCGGCAUUCCCUGCAUUUAACUUGAGUUCAUCUUCUGCUACUACGGCUCCUUCAUCAGCUGUGCCUGCAAGUUCAGCUGCUUCAUCAGCUGCUGUGAGUUCUUUUUCUGGAUUUGGUGUGACAAAUGCAGCUGCUACGUCAGGGAGUACCAGUUCUUUCACUGGUUUUUCAUUAUCGACAAAACCAUCUGCUCCUGCUUCAUCCUCACAAGCGCAAUCCACUACUGCUGCUCCUGUAUUCAGUCUCCCUGCUUCCAGUUCUGCUGCUUCAAUAACUUCAACUUCCAGCACUACGACUGCCCAAACAUCAUCAACCCUUGUUGUAGCUUCAAGUAGUGGGACUAGUUUAAGUGCCACAGCUGCAGUAUCUGCUGCACCAAAAUUACCAUCUGAGAUAACAGGAAAGACAGUGGAGGAGAUCAUCAAGGAAUGGAAUGCUGAACUUCAAGAACGCACUGGAAAAUUUCGAAAGCAGGCCAGUGCAAUAGCUGAGUGGGACAGGCGAAUAUUGCAGAAUCGUGAUGUUCUUCUUAGGCUUGAGAUUGAAGUGGCAAAAGUGGUUGAGGCCCAAGCUAGCUUGGAGCGACAACUGGAGUUAAUUGAGACUCACCAGCAAGAGGUUGAUAAAGCUUUGCUAAGUAUGGAAGAAGAAGCAGAACGUAUUUAUAAGGAUGAGCGUGGAUUGCUUCUUGAUGAUGAAGCUGCAUCAACACGAGAUGCAAUGUAUGAGCAGGCAGAAAUUGUGGAGAGGGAAUUGGAGCAGAUGACAGAACGGAUUAAAUCUAUUAUUGAGACUGUAAACUCUAGUCAGGGUGGGGAACUUGAGGCACUUGAUGGAAUGACUCCUUUAGAUGUGGUUGUCAGAAUCUUGAAUAAUCAACUGACUUCUUUAAUGUGGAUUGAUGAGAAGGCUGAGGAAUUCUCUUCGCGUAUUCAAAAGCUUGCCACACAGGGUUCUGCUGCAGAUCGAGAAUUAAUGGCUCCGAAAUUUUGGAUGUCAUGAUCCUGGAAUUUGUACACUUAAAUUGAAGGUUGUCCCAAAGUUAGCAUGUAGUAAAUGCAGAGCAAAGGCUAAAUACACAUUUGUUAAUGUUUCAACAAAAUACAUUUAAUGUUUGAUUUAUUCCCCUUUCUUAGGUUUGGUGCUCUGACAACAUUUUUCAGGUGAUGUAAUUGGUGGUGAUUAUAGCCAUUAAAGUUAGUACAAGAUUUUGCAAGCUGAUGGCUUCACCUAAUAGUUGUUACCUUUCUUAGGAGGAUUGAGUUUCAAGGUUCGCCUUCCCUUACACCUCCCAGAUGUAUAAAAAAAAUUAGGACCUUCGUUUUU